AUGGCCCAAAUACUUGACCUCCCCACAGAAAUACUACUUCUAAUCGGUAGAUGCAUAGAAACAGAAAAGGACAUAAACUCCGUCUGCCAGACAAGUCACAGAUUCCAUGCCCUCUUCACUCCGUACCUCUAUAAACUCAACGUCCGACAGGGCAAGAGCUCAGCCCUAGUCUGGGCCGCCGAACAUGGCCGCCCAGCCACCGCAAGACUAAGCCUCCAAGCCGGCGCUCGCAUAACGGCGUCCAAAGAUGGUAUGCCCCUCAUAUCCUGGGCUGCGCGGGGCGGACAUCUGGAGGUUGUCAAACUACUACUCGACACGGGCAAAGUCCAGAUCGAUUUCCGAGGCUCGCCAAUCUACAAGAUCGCAUUAGGCUGGGCAAUCAAAUGCGGCGACGAAGCCAUUGUCAAGUUACUGCUUGAUGCAAAAGCCGAUGUGAAUAAACGCUCCAUUGAUGGCGCAACGCCAUUGAUUGCGGCUGCAAAGGCGGGCCAUGAGGGGAUUGUGAGGCUGUUGAUUGAGACAGGAAAAGUCGGCUAUGAUAUGAGAGAUGCGAAUAGUUGUACUGCUUUAUUCUAUGCUGUGUCAUGUGGUUAUGAAGACAUUGUCGAGCGGCUGCUUGAGACUGGGAAGGUGGAUGUUAAUAUUGGUGAUUUUCACUGUCGAUUACCCUUGAGCUACGCUGCUGAAAUGGGGUAUGAGGGGAUAGUGAGGUUACUUUUGGAGACUGGGAAGGUGAAGGCUUACUACGGAGGUACGGUAGUUGUUGGGGGGACACCGUUGGCUUGUGCUAUUAAGGGAGGGUAUGUAGGGAUUGUGAAGAUGUUGAUGGAUACCGGAGAGCCUGUUAUGCAUAUUCCAGAUCAGAAUGGUCAGACGGCGUUGUCUUUGGCUGAAGAAGGGGGUAAUGCAGACAUAUUAAAGUUGCUUCGGCCGGAGGUAGAUACUAGGAGUUGA